AUGGUGGAGCAGCCUAUAGCCGACCCUUCUGUCGUCCCGGUGUUGCGCGGGAUGUUGGAGCAGCUUGAGGCAGAGCAGGGGUCGGAGGAUGCGGAGAUCAGGGGGGCCUUGGCCCGCUUGGAAGCUCAGAUGAGAAAUAUGGUGCACCCAGCCCCGCUGCCUGGGGAGACGAACUCAACCCCCGAAGGCCUGGCAGCAUAUCUGGAUGUUCUGACACAGCGCCUGGACUCGCUGGACGCAAAGGUCGAGGAACUGGACCCCAGCGCCCGCCUGCUCGUGCGGCAGGUUCUCAGCAGCAACAACAAUCCGCAGCAAAGCGAGUGA